UUAAAAAUGUACAUUUUCGCGGAAAGAUAAAAUGCGACAUUUCACAAUAAAUGUAAAGGUAUUCCGAGUGUCGCUCUGACUUACACUUCCUUGUCGAUGAAUUAGUAUUUUUUGUGUUUAUUUCUGCUAUGAUGUGAUCACUGUGCAUUUUAAGGAGAUGAGUCAGUUCCAACAACAAUAUCAAGUGUCCGGGGCGACCGGCGGGGCCUGCGGUAGCAGCGGGGCCGUCGGGAGUGACAAGAAAGACAAGAUGUUGGUGGCGGCCAUUGAUUUUGGCACUACUUUUAGCGGUUAUGCAUUCUCUUUCAAACAUGACUAUCAAUCCGACCCGUCUAAGGUUUCAACCAAUCAGAACUGGGUGGCAGGUUCGAUGGCUCUUGUCUCAUUAAAAGCCCCAACUGUUGUGUUGUUUGACGAGAACAAAAAGUUCCACAGCUUUGGUUACGAGGCGGAGAACACUUACUCAGAACUGGCGCUUGAUGACGAACAUCACAAAUGGUAUUUCUUCAAACGCUUUAAGAUGAGAUUGCACGAAAAGAAAAUAACUCGGACAAUUGAAAUAGAUGAUGACAAAGGAAGAAAGAUGAAAGCUCUUGAUGUGUUUGGGGCUGUGAUCAAGUACCUUAAGGACCAUUUGCUUAACCUGUUAAAAACUAGGGGCACGGAGGUUCAGAAUAGCGAUAUACAUUGGGUGUUGACUGUGCCUGCUAUAUGGACAGACUCUGCCAAACAAUUUAUGAGGGAAGCUGCUUAUAAGGCUGACAUAGAUGGCGGACAGUUGUCAAUAGCAUUAGAACCGGAAGCCGCCAGUUUAUUUUGUCAGAUGAUUCCCACAGACAAGAUACAUGGAUCAGACGGGGCCAAAUUUGCAGUGGCCAGUCCAGGAACAAAAUACAUGGUGAUUGAUUUAGGAGGUGGCACCGCUGACAUCACUGUGCACGAACGACAGCCAGAUGGUGGCCUCAAGGAGCUUCACAAAGCAAGCGGUGGCGCUUGGGGUGGAACCAAGGUAGACGAGGAGUUCUACAAACUGCUCCUUAAAAUCAUAGGUGGUCCAGUGUAUCAAAAAUUUGUUGAUGAAAAUAAAUCAGACCAUUUAGAUUUACAACGAGAACUUGAAACAAAAAAGCGAACAAUCACACCUAACUCUAGUGGAAAAAUAACAAUAAAAGUCCCAGUUGCGAUUGUGCAGACAUAUAAAGAUGAAAUGAAAGAAGACAUUAAAGAAGCUAUAGAUGGGUCAACAUAUAGUGGUAAAAUUACCUGGGUUGGAGAUAAAAUGAGGAUAGAGGCACAAAUAUUCAAAAACUUGUUUAAACCUUGCACUGAUAAAAUAGUAGCUCACAUUCAAGACUUGCUAAAACAACCUGAUGUUCAAGGGACAAAUAUAUUUUUAAUGGUAGGUGGGUUUUCUGAGUCGGUCAUGCUUCAAGACGCCAUUAUGAAAGCACUUCCAAAGGGCAAGGUCAUCAUUCCAGCCGAGGCAGGAUUAACAGUAUUGAAAGGCGCUGUGAUAUUUGGCCACCGUCCUGUGGCUAUCACUUCCAGAGUUUCCAAAUACACCUACGGGAUUAACAUAUCACCGCCCUUUGACCCAGCUAUACACCCAGAAGAUCACCGCGUGUCCGUCGGUGGCAUAGAUCGCUGCAGGGACGUCUUUAAGAAGUAUAUCCACGAAGCAGAGACGGUCAAAGUGGGUGAAGCUCGUUCCGGGAAACACGUCACGCUAAAAUCUAAUCAAAAAGAGAUGCUGCUGAAAGUGUUUGCAUCACCGAAGCGGGACCCGAUGUUUGUAGACGAAGAUGACACGGAAUAUCUCGGUAAAGUAGUUGUGAACCUUCCAGACAGCGAAGACAAGAUCCGGGUUGAAGUCAAAAUGAUGUUUGGAGAGACGGAACUUACUGUAGAAGCUAUAGAACUGUCACAGCAUACCAAAUAUAGAGCAUAUUUCGAUUUUCUCUGACAAGUAUUUAUCUUGAGUGAAAGAUUUACUGUUGAUUUAUAUUGAUAUGGACUGUUAUUGGUUACUUAAAUUAUAUUUGUGUAUACAGAAACGACUUUAAUUCUCGGAUUUAUGAUUACUUGACAGGACAUGUAAUAACUUACAUGUGCAUUUCCUAAUCUGAAAAAGUACACGUUGAAAAUUAAUUGCUAAGCCUUUUUAACUGAAGACGAUACUUUCAAGCUUGAAGUAUUCAUUUCCUUACAGAAGAACAAGUUCAAUCUCUAAAAUCAAAGGUUUAUUCUAGCAACAUUUCUACACAGGCGCAGAAAUAGCCUUUUUGAAUGUUUACGAAAACGAUUGAGAGAAAGGCCAAAUAUAAAAUGUACUUUUUCUAAAAACUGUGUUACGAGACAUGUGUUUAUAUAUAAAAUAUGCAAACAAUUUGUGCAAAAUGAUUUGAAAAUGAAUUCUUCAUUAAUAAAGAUUUGUUGGAUUUUAAUAUAAACAGAAAACUGUU